AUGUCUUCGGAUGGACUCAAUCGGCGUAAAAGAGUUGUCAAUAGAAAUAGUGACACAAAUGAGGAGAACGUGUCUCGAGUGGUAUCACAAGAAGGGUCGCCCGAAAGACAACAAAACCAGAGUAUUAUGAAGCGAGUGAUGAGUCUAAUGGCACUGUUGAUGGCUAUUCUUGUGAUCGUCUACUAUAUGACUCAAUCCAAUGACACCAAAGAACUAGUGAUGGCUUCUGUCACUCAAUCCAUAACUGGUUCGCCGAUCGCACAGCAAAUGAUGUGCUCUCAAGACCAUAAUGAAGACAGAGUUCAGUUCCCUUCGUGUGCCCCUCAAAGAUGCGGACGUUUUGUGUCCGAUUCGGUGAUCACGGAAUCGGAAGCCAAACACCUGUUGUCAGUGGCGGAGAGAGGCCUAUCAUUGGGCGGCUCAUCGGGCGGAUACUCUGUCCUGAGCGUACAUUCGGGCACUCUUUCGAUGGCAAAUAAUUUCGUGAAUAUCUAUAAACUCAUGGAAAGUACGCAACGAAAGACAGAGGACCUCAAAGAGCUGUUCACCGAAAAAGACUUAGAAGUCUACAGAACAGUGACGAACAGAGUCCGCAAAACUAUUGCCAUUCAUUUCGGCGUUCCUUCGGCUCAGCUGUACUUAACUAAUCCGACGGUCUUUUCGAGACAUACGGCAAACCGGCCCCAAAUCAAAGGCCACGUGUAUUGGCACAGACACGUAGACAAACGGCAUGUUAGGUACGUUCAGUUCACUUCAUUGGUCUAUUUGUCGACAUAUGGCGCGGACUUCUCCGGCGGACGCUUUAUAUUCAUCGACGAGAUGUCGAACCAAACAAUUGAGCCUAAAUUGGGACGACUCUCGGCGUACACCUCGGGCUCAGGGAACGAGGACAUCGUCGAGAGGGCCACCUCCGGGACCCGAUAUGCUCUGCUAAUAGGCUUCACGUGUGACCCUAUGUUCGCCGCUAAAGACCCACAGAUUUUAAGCGCCAUUUUCCCAAUUUAA